CAGUAAGGUCGAGUUUUUUUUUUUUUUUUUUUUUUUUUUCUUCGUGUUGAAGAGGCUACAUUUUCGUUGCGACGAUGACUCCGGAUGCCAUUGCUGUAGCCACCGUUAGCCAAAACGUGGCAGAUCAGAGGACGCGUCAAUGCGUACGAGGCAUUUGGGCUUUGCAGCCAUCCCGCCAGCCCCUGGAGCUAAAAAUCGGCUUGCAGUUUUUAUUGUCAUUUAAAGGUACAGAAUAUGGCCAAUUCGGUUACCAGCCAGGAGAAACCGACAGUACAACGUUUCUCGGCAUCAUUUCCAAAGCUGCAGAGUUCAUCACAAUUAGCCCUCCCUUGGUCAUGCAGGUCGAGUGCAGCAGUAAUUUGGACAAGGAGAAACAAGAGAUGGAACGUCUGGGCUGAAGAGUAACGUCUACUGUACCUACUUCGCCAUUUUUGGGUUUAGGAAAGGGAUCUUCACUCAUUUUUCCCGUUAUCGGUACCAUGUUCUGGAACAAGAAUCUAGAACUACAGUAUCGUCUGAUAAAUGUGACACGAAGUGCUAAAGAACUAGAAUUAGAAGUGCUAGAG